UUUAAACCCGGCGCGGGCGGAGGUGGCGGCUCAGUGCCGGGCAUGUGGGGCACGUCCUGCAGCCGGAGCGCAUCGCUGUGCCGUAAAGGUGCUCGGGCAUCCCGUUCCCUGCUAGGACACCGGGUGCAGUUGAUCACUGUGAUUCCUGUGUCGCUUCCUUCAUGGCGCCAGAUGCAGAAGGCCAUGGAGGAACCUGUGGUGCGCAUUGGUGACCAGAUCAUCCUGGAAGAAGAUUACGAUGAGACCUAUGUUCCCAGUGAGCAAGAAGUCCAGGAUUAUGCCCGGGCGAUCGGGAUCGACCCCAAGAAGGAGCCGGAGCUGCUGUGGUUGGCCAGGGAAGGAAUCGUGGCCGUGUUACCUCCGGGGUGGAAGCCUUGCCAAGACACCACUGGUGAGAUCUAUUACUUCAACUUUGUAAAUGGCCAAUCCGUGUGGGACCACCCGUGUGAUGAUCACUACAGAGAGCUUGUCAUUCAGGAGCGAGAGAAGCUGCUGGCAUGUGGCAGCUUGAAAAAGAAAGAGAAGAAGAAGAAAGAAAAGAAAGAGAAGAAGAGCAAGAAGGAGAAGCAGUCAUUGAAGCAGCUUGCUCCCGCAGGCAUGCAGCUGGCGCCCGUGCAGGUGCCCCCGGGGGGCCUGGCCCCGCUGCGUGGGGUCCCAGCACCCCUGCUCCCCAGCCUGCGCCCCAGCCCGCUCCCCCUGCAGCACUGCAGCCCCGCACCCGCCGGCCUCGGCACCGCAGCAGGGACACAGGGAGCCCAUGCCUCAGUGGGUUUGUAUCUGUCCUUUCCCUUGGCUCUCCUCUCACCUCCCUUCUCUUUGGCCCCACAGCCUCCAGAGACCUGUAAGGCCACCAACCAGAUGAAGAAGUCGCUGGGCUUGGUCUGUGAAGAGGAGAGUUCCUUGAACCCAGGUGCUCUAGAUAAAGGGAGAAGUGAAGAGGAAGAAAGUGAAAACGAGAGCUCCCAUGAGACACGAGGACUGUUCAGAAACCUGCACGUGGAUGUCAGUGCCCUGGGAGGCAGCUUUGACUCUGAGGAGUCUGUAAAAUCCAGACAUGCUGAAGAAGGGCAAGACUUUUCCUUGGAUUCCGAUGACGCGUGCCCUCCGACUCCCGUUGAAGUCCUCCUUGGCGAUGCUGACAGCAGCCUGUCUGACCACGGCAAGGAUGAGCCCGGUGGGAAACACACUGGGAAUGACCUACUGGGCGAGCCUGAUCCUGAGCUGGAAUGUGACAUCUCUGCUGCUGUGGAGCUGCCGCAGUCCCUGCGGGAAAGGAGUGCAGCAGGGGUAGAUACGCCCAGUGGUCCUGGGCCACCUCGAGCUGCAUCUCCGGCUGCUGAACCUGCUGAUGGAGAUCAGCAGCUAGACCUGGCUUCUCCCAUUGAGAUGGUGAAUGAAAUGAGGGAAGAAGCAGCAGCUGAUCUGGAAGCAGAUGGCAAGCUGGAUGCUGGCGAAACAUCAGAGGCCAGCGACUGUGUGGAGGACUUGCAAGUCUCUAACUGCUUGGACCGUGAGGUGCUGUGGCCUGGGGACAUGGGCAUCAAGAACUGGCUUUCUGAGCAGGUACCAGAUGUGGAGGAUCUGUCUGCUGCUGUGGACAGCCCCAUGUGCAAGGCCCAGGAGCUGGGAGAAGAGGAAAAAGACCAAAGCAAAGCAAGUGUAGAGGAAGAGCAAAGCAAAAGAACAAAAGCUGCCGAGAGCGAGAGGGGUCAGAGUGCUUGUGAGACACCGCAGGAGAAGAGCUUUGCUUUAGAGAGCCCUGCUGAGGAGGAGGCCGUGGCAGCGGAGGCGCAGGAGGGCUCGCUGGAUAUCCCAGGCAGUCUGGAGGAGCCUGCUGCCCCACAGGAAGUGCAACCUGAGGAGCAACCUGAACGCGAGCAGUCCUUGAACCCGCCUAGUGAUGAGUCCCUGGAGGGAGCAGCCGAUGAGCUGGAACACAGGCAAGAGAUAACACACUUACUGCAAGCACAGGAGGAGAAAAGUCAGCAGUUCCAGGAGGAGAGGAGGCAGCCGGAGGAGGAGGAGGAAGCUGAGAAGCUUUGUCAGCAAAAAGAAAAAUCCCUCAGGGCUCUACGGGAGGAUUUGGCAAAGGUCUCUGAGGAGGAAGAGCUGCGUAUUAGAAAGGAAGAAACUGAGAGACUCUCAAAGCUGCGAGCUGAAAUUGCCUCAGAGACCAAAGCAGAGGAGGAGAAGAUAAGGGCAGAGCAAGAGGCCACACUGCAGAAGCUAAGAGAAGAGUGGGAAUUCCAGCAGGUGAUGGAGAAGGAGAGCCUGGAGAGGAAGCAGCAGCUUGUUUUGCAGCAAGUGAAGCUGGAAAUGGAGGAACUUCAGCAGAAAGAGAUGAGCAAGCUGGAGCAUGAAAAGGACCAAUCCCUGAGUGAGCUCAGGUUGAGAUUAGAUGGGGAAAAGAAGAAGGCAAUGGAAGAGCUGGAGAAGGAGUUUGCAAGUGAACUUCGGCAGCUGAAAUCGGCAGCGGAAGAGAAGCAUCGUAAGGUCAUUUCCAGCCUGCAAACCCAGAUAGCAGAGGCACAGAGGAGUGAGGAGGCUCAGCUGCGGGAAGACUUGCAGAGAGCAGAGCAGAAAGUGCAGCUGAAAGCCUAUCGGCUGACAGAAUACGAGCGCGAGCUCAGCGAGCUGAUGAGAGAGAAACGCCAGGAAGUGGAGAAGGACCAUGAGAGGAAAAUGGAGAGGAUGAAACAGGAGCAUCAGGAGGCUCUGGCACGGGUUCAGGAUCAGUAUGAGGAGGAGGAGAGGAAGCAGAGAGCAGAGCUGCAGGAGGGCCUGCGGGGCGAGCUGGGGCGCCUGCGGCAGCGGCACGAGGCGGAGGUGAAGGCGCUGCAGGCAGAGCUGGGCGAGCGGCUCGCGGCGCUGCAGCACAGGCAGCGGGAGAAGGAGAGGAAGGUGCAGGAGUUGGAAAGCGAGCUGGAGGUGCGCAUGAAGAACGUGCAGACCAGGUCAGCACAGCUCCUGAGCCGGGAGGAGUCUCUGAGGAAGAAGAGGCAGCAGCUGCUGGAGGAAGACAGGCAGGCGAAGCUGGAACGAGAUGAAGCUGCUUUAGCCUCUCAGCUCCGGCUAGAGGAGAGCAGGAAGGAGCAUUCCGGCCUCCUGGAGUCCAUCCGGCAGCUGCAGAAGUCUGUGGAGGAGCUCCAGGACAAGAAGGCUGAGCUGGAGGCUCAGGUGGAUUUGCUGCAGACCCGAAAGCAGAGGCUGCAGAAGCGCAAGAGUGAGCUGGACGCAGCCAUCAGAAGCAAACAGGACACUUUGAAACAACUGGAGGCAGAAGAAAGUGUGGAAUCUCCAAGGGAGGAAGCUGAGCUCCGUGCUGAAGACCUGGGAGAAGCUAGUCAAGCUCACUCAUCUGGAGAGCCUGUUUCCCCACCCGCCCAAAGCCAUGAGGACAGUGACCUCCAGUUUGAUCAUGUCAGGAGCUACAUCUCUGCGGAAGGGAUCUCCAUCAGGAAUGCCAAGGAGUUCCUGGUGACCCAGACCCGCUCCAUGAGGAAGAGGCACUUGGCACUGAAAGCUGCAAAGCAGCAGUGGCACCAGGACAUGCAGAAGGCCCAGGAGGUGGUGCAGGAUCCCGAGAGCUCCCAGCACCUGGAGGGCAUGCGCAAGAACCUGGAAGAGGAAGCCAAGCAGUUGGACAAGAUGAAGUCUGCUAUGCGGAAAGGACAGGUACUGCUCAAGAAGAAAGAAGAGAGGCUGAGCCAGCUGGAGUCCUCGCUGCUGGAGGAGCUUUCAGAUGAAGACACACUGAAGAGUGCUGCAUGCAAGAAGGUGGUGACUUUUGAUCUCAGGGACUCUGAGGAUACAAACAGCACAUCCAGUGUAAACGUAAAUCAGCCUGAAUUGGAUUUGAGAGCCGAUUUGCAGGCUGUCCCUGAGCCAGACAAGGUCAGGUUCCUGACAGAGUCUGUGAUGCGCAUCUCUAGUGAGCUCAACAGGGUCCUCGGUGUCUUGGGCUCUCUGAGCAGCCAGCAGCCUCCUCUCUUGACCUCGACGCCCCGUGACAGCACCCCUGUUCCUCUGUGUGCCUCCUCGCCAGGACUUCAUGCAGGCGGCUCCCGGCUGCCCCCACCAAGGACGUCCUUGGGGGACCAGCAGGCCUGGAGCUCUGGGCUGAGCUCUAGUGACUCUUUCUCAGCUGGGCGCUCAGUGGACAGCAUCCUGGCAGACAAGUGGCACAAGUACUUCCCAGGUGGGUUCCCAUCGCACACUGGAAGUUCCAGGCUUCUAGACAACAAGCUGGGAUACGUACCUGCAGAGGAGCAGAUCCGGCGGAUGCAGCGCUCCCAGUCCCAGAGCUGUGAGUCAGACAGGACGAGUAUUGAAGGAAUGAUUGGGAUGAACGAGAAAUGGCUGAAAGACUUCAUGAGGGAGUCAAAACUGCCUCUCUUCCCAGGGGCACAGAAGCCCCCUGCCAGCAGCUCCAACAUACUUCAGCUAAGACUGGAUGAAAACAGGCAAAUCAAACUCUACCAUUACUAAAGGGUGGGCCCUGGCUCUGCAGAGGUGGUGGUGGGGGCCACACAUUGGUUCCUGUGAUUCCCAACCAUCUCUGCUGCAUCUUUGUGCUGUGCCCUUGAAUUAAAGUCUUUUUCCAAGAGAGCGGAGGAAGGAGGAAGUGAACUCCCCAGGUGGAUUCUUCUAAUCCUGUGAUGUGUCCAAAUACACUUUAUAGACUGUUUAAUCCAGUGGUGAAACACCAGGGCUUCGAUAAAUCAACACUUCUGUCAUUAGUAUUCCA